CUCCUUUUUAUCUUCCUUCGGGGUGGAAACAUCAUAGGAAUCAAAUUCCAUUUCGCCAUCUUGCAGCUGCAGCUCUUCACAUCCCCGCUUAUUUUCCGGCGACCGGAGACCCUCACGAGGCCGGCGAAGAGCACUAUCUCCCUCUUCCACUUCUCCUCCAUCUUCUCUCCGUUUGUUAUCGCUUCUUCAUUCGUCUCGCGCUUCGUUCGGGCUCUUGGAGAUGGCGGCGGCGGCGGCGGCGGCGGCGAACGCAAUUGUGGCUGAGAAGGAAUUGAAGCUCCAUGUAAAUGUGUACCGCGGGUUGAGACCCUCAGCGGUGGUGAAUCCCGCGGGAUCGGUUCGUGCUCACCCCGUUUCUUCUUCCUCGAGCUCCCGUUGGAUUGUGAGAGCUAUUUCCACGCCGGAUACUGCUGUGGCUAAACGAAACAAGGUUGAAUUGUUCAAAGAGCAGAGCAACUUUCUCAGAUUCCCUCUAAACGAGGAGUUACAAACUAAGGCCCCCAAUAUAAAUGAAGUCGCUACUCAAUUAAUUAAAUUUCAUGGAAGUUAUCAACAGACCAACAGAGAUGAACGUGGGACAAAAUCAUACCAAUUCAUGCUACGAACAAAGAACCCCUGCGGUAAAGUCCCAAACAAGCUCUACUUGAUAAUGGAUGAUCUGGCGGAUAAAUUCGGUAUCGGCACUCUCCGUUUAACAACCAGACAAACUUUUCAGCUACAUGGAAUCCUAAAGAAGAAUCUCAAAACUGUUAUGAGCUCAAUCAUAAAGAAUAUGGGGUCUACUCUUGGUGCUUGCGGAGAUCUGAAUAGAAAUGUUCUUGCCCCGGCAGCACCAUAUACAAAGAAAAAUUAUGUUUUUUCUCAGGAGACAGCUGAGAAUAUUGCUUCGCUUUUGGCUCCUCAAUCUGGUGCAUACUAUGAUGUCUGGGUGGAUGGCGAGAAGGUGAUGUCUGCAGAGCCUCCGGAAGUAGUUGUAGCUCGAAACGACAACUCCAAUGGAACAAAUUUCGUGAAUUCUCCGGAGCCGAUCUAUGGUGCUCAAUACUUGCCUCGAAAAUUCAAGAUAGCUGUAACUGUGCCUACGGAUAACUCGGUGGACAUUCUAACCAAUGAUAUUGGCAUAGUUGUAGUUUCUGAUAGUGAUGGAGAGCCGCAAGGCUUCAAUAUUUAUGUUGGUGGUGGCAUGGGAAGAACUCACAGGGUGGAUACGACUUUCCCUCGUCUGGGAGAACCCCUCGGUUAUGUACCAAAAGAAGAUAUAUUAUAUGCUGUGAAGGCAAUAGUUGUUACUCAGAGAGAAAAUGGGAGAAGGGAUGACAGAAAGUAUAGCAGAAUGAAGUAUUUAAUUAGUGAAUGGGGAAUUGAAAAAUUCCGCGGUGUAGUCGAGCAGUAUUAUGGAAAAAAAUUUGAAUCAUUCAGAGAAUUACCUGAGUGGGAAUUUAAGAGUUAUUUGGGAUGGCAUGAGCAGGGUGAUGGUGCUUUAUUUUGUGGGGUUCAUGUUGAUAAUGGGCGUAUUCGAGGUACAAUGAAGAAAGCUUUGAGAGAAAUAAUUGAGAAAUAUAAUUUAAGCGUGCGACUUACUCCCAACCAGAACUUGAUCUUAUGUGAUAUUGAUCAGUCUUGGAGGCAACCUAUCACCACAAUUCUUGCUCAGGCUGGUCUACAGGAACCAAUUUAUGUUGAUCCUCUCAACAUAACUGCAAUGGCAUGUCCGGCUCUACCAUUAUGUCCUCUAGCAAUAACAGAAGCCGAGAGAGGAAUACCUGAUAUUCUCAAGCGUGUUCGAGCCAUUCUUGAUAAGGUAGGUGUUCAACACAAUGAAUCAGUGGUAAUAAGGGUCACCGGGUGCCCUAACGGUUGUGCUAGGCCUUACAUGGCUGAGCUUGGACUUGUUGGUGAUGGUCCCAACAGCUAUCAGAUAUGGUUAGGGGGGACACCUAACCAAACUAGUUUGGCAAGAUGCUUUCAAAAUAGGGUGAAAAUCCAAAAUCUGGAGAACGUUUUGGAGCCAUUGUUCUACAAUUGGAGAAGUAAACGCCUGCCGGGAGAAUCAUUUGGCCAUUUCACCAGUAGAAUAGUGUUCUGCGGAGCAAUUUCACAACAAUUGGCGCCGUCUGUGGGAAUUCCACCCACGACAAUGGGCUUUGCAAUAUUCGACAUCGAGAAGUUCACGGGGAAAGAACGAUUUCGAUCUAUGGAGAGUAAAAAUGAAAGCUCUGUUGGUACAGCAAGGCGUUGCAGAUGCCUUGCAAGGCUUGGCGGCAUUCUCGGUCGACAUGACCUAGAAAGAAAAGAACGUGAUUCUUGA